CGACUUGCAUAUCGAUGAGCGAACUUCUCUACGAGUCCCGUCAUUGUUUUAAUUGCGCACGCCGCUUUGACGCAGCACGCACAUCCUGUACUUACUUUCCCUUCUCAUAAAUCGUUUGAUACGGCAAAAACCUUGAAACGUGUAUUAUUAAACUGACGAGUGUCAACAACGAAUCUCCGGCUAAUAGUAACUCUUGUAUAUAACAGAGGACAAUGUGUACAUUCGCAGAGGAGUCUAGUUGGUCCUACGUUUGGGACGCGAUGGGGGACCUGAGUGCCGUGCCGCAGGAGAAGAUCGUAGAUUAUCUCCUGGAACGUUUGGAGCGCGGUCAGUUCUACACGUGGGUCGGCACCCUCCUGCUAGCGAUCAAUCCCAAUGGCGAGAUCGUCACCGGGAAUCACACGUACGAUUUGUGGCGGGCUCGCGAGUACGACAAUAUAUGCGACGUGACCAACAAGGAAGUGUCGCCCCACAUAUUCGCCGUGGCUGCCCGGGCGCACUACAGGAUAGUUCAGGGUCUCGGGAAACCCAGCCAGGUGAUAGUCUUGAACGGAGAAACCGGAACGGGAAAGACCUUCAACGCGUGGAAGGCGCUGGAAUUCCUGACCAGAAGCGUAUCCUCCCCCGUCCGGGAGAGACGAGACGCGGUUUGCGGUAUCGUGCGGAGGAUUUCGGACGCCUGCCGUUUGAUAUCGGCCUUCACCACCGCGCCCACCGAGAGGAACAGGGUCAGCUCGAGGCAUGUACAACUCGUGUGGCUGGAGUACAAAAUGGGCUGCAUAUCCGGCGCGACGAUAUCCUCGUACCUCCUGGAAAGGGACAGAGUCACGAAGGGCUGUUGCAAUUUUCAGAUUUUCGGUCAGCUGAUGGCCGCGGUGGCGAACGUAAAUUUCACGGAUACCGAGCUGCGACAACUCCCGCGACGGGGCAGACGAUACUUCAUGGCGAACGACUUUGAUCCCCUGAGGGCGGAGGAGUCGCUCGACGGUUUCCAUAAGACCCUGAGGGCGAUGGAUCUGCUGGGGUUCACAGAGUGUCAGAAGAAGGACAUCUUCCACGUUCUCUCCCUGCUCAUUUACAUGGGUGACAUACGGUUCGUGCAGGAGGAUGAUCGUUGCAGUAUCGAUAUCGACGAUCAACAAUCUAAAGAAGCCCUGGAGAACGCAUGCCAGCUGGCCUGCGUCAAGGAAGAGGACAUCGCCGAGCUGCUCACGUCCAUUUUGAUAAAUCCUCAGAACAACCGGCGCCGGCAUACCAUUUGCCGGCGUAAUCUCAAUACGAGCGAUGCCUGCCGCUAUCGAUUGCACAGCAUCAUCCGCCACUUGUACGAUCUUCUCUUCCACUGGCUGGUCAACUGCGUGAACGACAUCUUGUCCAGCCGUCUAUACAGCGAACGAUUGGGAAUAUUGGACAUCUUCGGCUUCGAGUGCUUUGACUCGAAUGGCAUCGAGCAGCUUUGCAUUAAUUAUGUCAACGAGAGAUUGCAGCAGUAUUUUGUGGAAAAGUAUCUGCUGUCCUGCCGGAACGAUUUGCAAAGGGAGGGCCUCAUCGGCGACGACGAGGAGUCGUCAGAUAUCGUGCGAUCGUACGUAGAUCGCAUAAGCACGAUCGAGAAAUAUUUGUUCGCUUCCGUAAACGAUAUGUGUCUGUCGACAGUUCCGAGCAACUCGACCACGUUAAUACGCCAAGUGUGCGCCAAAAGUUGUCCUGCAACGAGGCAAUUUUUAACUGUAAGAAAUGACAAUUUCAUUGUGCGGCAUUACGGCGGUGCCGUGGAAUAUUCCGUUUGCGAUCUGCUUUCCAAGAAUACCGACAAGAUUCCGGACGAGAUAAUCGUAACGUUCAGCGUGAGUACGAAUAAAUUCCUGUAUUCGUUAAUUGUGGAAGGUAAACCGUAUCACGAUGGAAAAGCGAAGAAGCCGACGAUGCUUUCCAAGCUCCGAUCUAACGUGGACACGUUGAUACAAGAGUUAAACAAAUGCGACACGCACUACGUUCGCUGCAUUAAGCCGCAGCGCCUUAAUAAUUACAAAUGGAAUCGAGACGAGCUUCGCAAACAAUUGGCUAACACGGGCGUACUUGACGCGUUACCGCUGGCCAGAUGUAAAUAUCCGAUUCAAUUCAUCUACAAAGAUUUUUUCAGACGCUACAGUAGAAGACGCACGGAAACCUGCGAUACCGCGACUUCACGUAGCAUUUGCAAAAACAUAUUGGAGUCGUUUUGCCUGACAAUGGAUGACGAGAACGCAUCGGUGCACUACGGGAAACGUUUGAUUUUUUUAAGAGAAUCCAUGUUUCUGCGAUUAGAGUCGGCCAGAAGGCGAUACCGCGCUGAAUGCGUCAGGAAGAUAGAAUUGUGUUGGCUAAAGUACAAAAAUCUUACGCAAUAUUCGGAGAAAAAUUCAAGUGAUCGCACGAUCGUUGACAUGAAUAUCCAAAAUGAGCCGACUGAUGAAUCCAAGUCGGAAUCGAACGAAGUCGUGCCUGUGUUAGGAAUAAGCCUCUGCGCAGAAAAUCUUGUGCAAGAUAUGCAAGAAAAUAUGGAGGAUGCGAAAAAUAAUAGUCAGGCGAUCGUUAAAUAUCAGCCGUCCCGAUUCGAGAGAGCUCUGUUAGAAUACGAGCGUGUUAUACCGAUAGAAGACGUUCCACAAUUCGUGCCUACUGGAAAAUACAUAGAGAUGCUGAUGAACAUAGCGAAAAAAACCGCGUACAUAUUGCAUUGGCUGGAUGGGGUGAGAAAUGUGAAACCGUCGAUAUUAGAGCUGCUGCGAGAAGAAUACAAUUAUAAUCACUCGAUCGAUGGCGAUUGCACUAAGGACAUUCAAUUGCGAGAGCAUAAGCCUUCGAAUAAUGAGAAGCGUCGUAAAUAUACGCGGAAUAGACGCGGGAAGACACACGAACAUUAUAACGAGAAGGAAGAUAUGUACGUUAUACAAUACGGCAAUUUCACGCUGUUUUACAAAAAUAGGAUUUUGAGCCGACGUCGUCCGGCGAGGCUACCAAUUAGAAUACACACUCGUCUCAGAUGCCUAGCCAACUCGCACUGUUUGGUACAUACGGAGCUACCGCAGGGUCUACAGGAUUGCCUUUAAAAAGAAUAUUUGUACAAAUGUAACUCGUAAGAUUUAGGAGAGUCCCGUACUCUUACCGCACUGAAUAUAUACAUAACUUUUACAUAAUUUACAAAAUAUUAAAAAAAAAUCUUCAUUUAAAUUAAAGGAUUUACAUAGAAACCUUUCAGGAACUUCUUUUAUGUCUCGACUAACGUGGAAAGGGAUUCGUGUUCAUAGAAAAUUAAAAAAAAAAAA